AAUAUUGUCACAUUUUUGUCAUGUAUUGUUGUUGUAAAUGGUUUAUUAGUUCUUUAUUAGUAUAUUAUGUUAGUAAUGGUAGUUUGGACAUAUCCAAAAAAAGCUAGGGUUUUUUUUAGGGUUUUUACUAUUCAUAACUUGUCAGGUAUUUUUGGAAUUUUGUUUCAGGAAUCUGAUGGCUAAUAUUUAUUACAACUCAUUUUCACCACGGUGGCAAGUUUGUUUCUGAUGAAGAAUAUGGUCCACGCUACAUAGGAGAAAGUGAGGUGGAAUAUGGUCUUGUACCUACUAUACUUGAGUUGCUAUCAGAUUGUGAAAUGAGGUGGUGUGCAAGACACAUCUGGUCCAAUUGGCAUCAGAUCUGGAGAGGAGAAGAAAGAAGAAAACAAUUUUGGAGGUGUGCUAAAUCCAGUUUUGAAGUGAACUUUUUGGAUGAGAUGGGCAAACUCAGUCAACUUAGUAAGGAUAUUUAUGAGGACUUAUUACAUUAUGAAAAAAAAAAUCAUGGUGUAGGACAUAUUUUAGGGAGUAUUCUAAAUGUGACAUUGUUGAGAAUAAUAUGUGUGAGAUUUUUAAUUCAUGGAUUUUAGCUGCUAGACAUAAAUCUAUAAUCAGUAUGUUAGAGGAGAUUAGACACAAGAUAAUGGAUAGAAAUGUCGAAAUAAGGAAGUUUGUUGAUGCCUGGAUUUCAGACAUCUCUCCUAUGGCUUUGCUAGUACUUGAAGAAAAUAAAGAUAUGGCUAGAAAUUGCACGGUAGGGUUCAGUGGACAGAUUGGGUAUGAAAUUUUAGAUGGUCCUUAUAGGCAUAUAGUUGAUAUUAGGACAAGGACUUGCACUUGUAGAAGCUGGCAAUUGAGAGGCAUACUAUGUCAACAUGUUGUAUUGGCUUAUCAACAUAAAGGUAUAGAGCCUGAAUUUUAUGUGGAAGAGUGGUAUAAGAAAGAUACAUUCUUGAAGACUUAUGACUACUUUCUUCAGUCAAUACCUAAUAUGAAAAUAUGGCCUAAUGCAAGUGGUAUAGUGAUUGAUCCUCCUGAGCCUAGACCAAUGUCUGGCAGACCAGGAAAGAAUAGAAAAAAAGGGAAGAAUAAGCCUAAGAAGAAGUAUGGGAAGCUAUCUAGGAAAGGACUGAAAAUUUCUUGCUCCAAAUGUCAUCAAAUUGGUCAUAACAGAACUCUCUGUAAAUCUCAGAUGGAAUGGGAUAACCUGGAAGCUCUAGCCAGGCAGAAAAUUCUAGCAGGCCACCAAGCUCUAGCAGGCCACCAAGCUUUAGCCAGCCACCAAGAUCUAGCAGGCCACCAAGCUUCAGCCAGCCACCAAGCUCUAGCAGGCCACCAAGCUUCAGCAAACCACCAAGCUCUAGCAUGCCACAAAGUUUCAGCCAGCAACCAAGCUUCAGCAGUUCUAUGCGUGUUGAUACCUCAGUAGUUAUAAGAGUGCAGCCAGUUAGAAGAGGUAGAGGUAGAGGCAGUGACAAAGGUAAGGGAGCUGGCAAAGGCAAAGGAUCUGGAAGAGGCACUGGCAGAGGUAGAGGAAAAAGAAGUGUAUCUGAUCAGCAACUUGGGAAAAAAAGAACCAUUUGAGCAUCAACAUCAUCAGUAGGACAAAAGAGGUCUAAGGCAGUAGGAUUUGGUAUCUACACUGAUCAAAUGAGUGGCAGUAAAACAUUAAAUCCUGGAACUAGAGGUGAAACUGUUGUCACUCCGGGUGUUUACAAAGAUGCAACUCAAAUAAAUAUUGAUAUUGGUUAUAAGCCUCGAGGAAUGAA